GUACAGUAUCACCUUAGGUAAGGUCCUACACCACAUGCAGGUGUUAAGGUUAGGUUAGGUAGGCUCUGCACUGCCCCAUUACCUCGCUACCUAGGCAGCUGCUAGGUACUGAAGUGCGCCUAAAAACUCUAGACACUUGAACGGCGAAUCGCCUGCGUAUCUUACCUCCUUAGGUAAUGAUUCGAUAAGAACUGAAUCCUUCAAAUCCUAGAAAUCGCCUUUAUUAGCGCUAUUACAUCACAACUCACAUCCAACAACCUUCUCAAACUCCGAUAAGAUUUGUCGAUCCGACACAGUGUUUUGCGUUACGUGCAGCGACGAUAUAAACCACGGUUCAUGUCUGCUCCGUCUAUCCCAAAUCUCCUCUCUCUCCGGGGUUCAAGAGGAGGGCACCGUGGCCGCGGCCGAGGACGAGGGGGCCACCCGCAUUCUACCGGCCUCAGCCACGACGCUACCAUUCAAGGCACAGACACAGAUGCUGCCGUGUCACGUAUGAGCGCUGUUGAUCUGGGUUAUCUACAAGACCCUUUCGCCCAAUAUUUUGUCCAGUCCGUGGGUGGUACUGUCAGGAGACUGCCCAUCAUAAAUCGAGGGACUUACACGCGGACUGCUGCAUUGGAUCGAUUAAUAUCUUCCUUCUUGUCCGGCACCGCAACGCAGGAAAGACAGAUUAUCUCGCUCGGUGCCGGCACAGACACAAGGUGUUUUAAGCUCUUUUCUCAACCCAGCCAUGCCGGCCUCAUUUAUCAUGAGAUCGACUUCCCCGCAAUCGCUUCUAAGAAGCUACAGCUCGUGAAUGCCAACCCCCAACUCAGGACCAUCGUCCCUAACCCGCAGAAUGAGAGGGAUGGCUGGAGUAGUUCAAACCUACCCAACGGCUGUCAAUAUUGGUGUCACGGAUUGGAUCUAAGAGCACUGCUCAACAGUGACAUGGAAUCCCUUAGCGGCAUCCGCACAGAUAUCCCAACAGUGAUAGUGUCAGAGUGUUGCUUAUGCUACCUGGAAACUUCGGAGGCCCAAGGCGUAAUUAAGUUUUUCACCGAAAAAAUACCCGAUCUUGCUCUCAUCGUCUACGAGCCAAUCCGCCCGGACGAUUCGUUCGGCAAACAGAUGGUAUCUAAUUUGGCAGCACGGCGGAUACAUAUGCCGACGUUGGACUCGUAUCAAGACGCUGCUAAGCAGCAGUCCCGGUUGAAAGAAGCCGGGUUUGAGUUUGCGACAAGCUUGACCAUAAGAGAUAUAUGGCAGAAGUGGGUCACGGAAGAAGAAAAAGAAAGAGUCGAUAGUCUAGAGGGGCUAGAUGAAGUCGAAGAGUGGGAUCUCCUAGCGGACCAUUACAUCGUAGCUUGGGGAUGGAGAGGCAACGGUUUCCAAAGAUGGGAAGCUGAUUUAUGAUAAAUAUGAGAUGGGUACAUUAGGUACCUACCUAGCCUGUAUGCCCAACAUAUUUCUAGAAAUACAUUGUGACAAAUACGGAAAACAAGGCUUAAGAAUAAAGUUGAAUACCUGUUAUUUUAAAUCCAAGAUAUUACCUUUCGUUGAA